GCCUUUCUCUCCAAUCUCCUAUUCUUAGAAUAUCGUGUCAAUCUGGCCAAUUCCCUCUCUCAAACCCACACCCUCCUCCUCCUCCCCAAAUCCAAACUCAACAAAUUAAACGGAAAAAAGCAAACCAAACAAAGGCUGACCACCUCAGAGAACCACACAAUUAAUCUCUGCGAACAGCGGCUCGUUUCUCUCCGGAGUACUUGUCCCAUUUCCGGCUCAGCAAUGGCCGCUGUUCGCCCUCUCUUUCUCCUGAUCUUUUUCCUCUUCUCAUCAUCUCUCCCUCUCCGCUCUCUUUCCGUCUCCGAAAGCGAGGCUCUCCUCAGACUCAAGCAAUCAUUCACCCACGCAGACGCCUUAAGUUCCUGGGACGUUAACGUUCCCAACUCAUCUCCUUGCUCGGCCAAGUGGUUGGGAGUCAUUUGCUCCGACGGCGCCAUCACCGGCCUCCAUCUCACCGGUUUAGGUCUCUCAGGAAAGAUAGACGUCAAGGCUUUACGUGAACUUCGCGGCCUUCGAACUAUAAGCUUCGUCAACAACUCCUUCUCAGGUCCAAUCCCAGACUUUCACACGCUUGGCGCUUUGAAGUCUCUGUUAUUGACAGGCAACCAGUUCUCCGGCGAGAUUCCCAAGGAUUACUUUUCCCGUAUUACUUCAUUGAAGAAAGUCUGGCUCUCUUAUAACCAAUUCACCGGAACGAUACCUGAAUCUGUGACGCAACUAUCCCAUGUCAUAGAACUCCAUUUCGAGCACAACAAAUUAGUGGGACGUAUCCCGCCUAUGAAACAAUCCUCGUUGAAACAACUUGAUUUGUCGAACAACAUGUUGGAAGGCGAAAUCCCUGAGAGCUUGUCCAUAUUCGACGAGAAUACGUUUAAAGGGAAUGAAGGCCUUUGCGGGAAGCCGCUGGACAAGGUUUGCAAAGACACUACGAAUAAUGCAACAACGUUAUCUACUGAUGAUCAUUCUAAGAACACGCCCAAAAACAACAGCACCACCCUAGUGCUUUUGUUCCUUGCCAUUGUAGGCUUCCUCUUCAUGUUCUUCGCAUGUGGCACUUGCGCGAAGCGUAAGGACGACGAGUUCAGUGUGCUUGGUAGAGAAAAAAUGGCGGACGACCGGGUGCUCCAAGUGCACGUGCCCAGCUCAAAUCGGAGCUGCAGGGAAACGGCCGAGUACUCGAGCCAGAAAGGCGAUUCGAAGAAAGGUUCAACCAAUAAUGGAAAGAACGGGAUGACUGAUCUUGUAAUGGUGAAUCAUGAAAAGGGUGCAUUUGGGUUGCCGGAUUUGAUGAAGGCGGCGGCGGAGGUGCUAGGGAAUGGCGGGCUGGGGUCUGCGUAUAAGGCCACGAUGGCGAACGGGUUGUCUGUGGUGGUGAAGAGGAUGAGAGAGAUGAAUAAGUUGCAGAAAGAUGGGUUUGAUGAACAGAUGAUGUGGUUUGGAAGACUGAGGCACAGGAAUAUCUUGACGCCUUUGUCUUACCAUUUCCGGAGAGAGGAGAAGCUGUUGGUCUCUGAAUACAUUCCCAAAGGCAGCUUAUUAUUUGUCUUACACGGCGAUCGUGGAAUUAGUCAUGCCGAGCUCAAUUGGCCUACCCGUCUGAAGAUUAUCAAAGGAAUUGCACGUGGAAUGGGGUUCCUGUACACUGAGUUUGCUUCUUAUAAGCUGCCCCACGGAAAUCUCAAGUCCAGCAAUGUUCUUCUAAGCGAUGAUUAUGAGCCACUCCUAAGUGACUACGCCUUUGAUACACUCAUCAACACCCCACAAGCCGUGCAAGCAUUGUUCGCCUAUAAAUCCCCUGAAUACGCACAAUAUCAGCAACUCUCUCAAAAGUCUGAUGUUUAUUGCCUUGGAAUCAUCAUCCUUGAAAUCCUUACCGGGAAAUACCCCUCUCAAUAUCUUAACAAUGGAAAGGGUGGUAUUGAUGUUGUGCAAUGGGCCCUAACGGCAAUGUCCGAAAAGAGAGAGGAAGAACUGAUCGAUCCGGAGAUAGCGAUAAGCAGCACCAGUUCAGUCAACCAACUCCUCCAAAUCGGGGCUGCUUGCAUUGACAGUAAUCCAGAGCAACGGCUAGACAUGAGGGAAGCCAUUAGAAGGAUAGAAGGUGCGCAAGUUUAAACUACUGCUAUCUAGCUAGC